GCAUAACCUUCAGUGGCGGUACAAACCGGGCCGCAAGCAAGCCGCCAUUCCCGCUCACGCCUUGUCAAGAAAAACAGCUGGAUCCAUUUCUAAUCAACACUUCCCAACACAGCACCCCUGGAUCUCUGAAGGGGACCAGACCAGAGUUUGAAACUUUCCAAAGACUUUCAAUAGAUAUCUCAUGCAAAAGGAUACUUAGGUUGCCUUUGCACAAAUCUGGUUGAUUUGAGAGACAAAAGAGGAGAAAACAGGUGUGACUUUCACCCCACAAGUCACAUGAACAUACUCUACAUUUAAACGACAUAAUGAAUGAUGGUUAUCGAAAUAGCCCAAACCUCUACCACGGAGCAAGGGAUAUAGCCCGAGAGGCAACCAGGCAGUCCCGGCACCAAGGAAUGGAUGACUACAAGUACCAGGACAAUUACGAGGGCUAUGCCCCCAGUGAUGGCUAUUACCGUGGCAAUGAGUCCAACCCAGAAGAAGAUGCUCAGAGUGAUGUCACAGAAGGUCAUGAUGAGGAAGACGAGAUCUAUGAGGGCGAGUACCAGGGUAUCCCUCACCCAGAUGAUGUCAAGGCCAAGCAGACCAAGAUGGCCCCCUCCAGGGCAGAUGGCCUUCCAGGCCAGGCAGACCUGAUGGCUGAGAGGAUGGAAGACGAGGAGCAACUGGCCCACCAGUAUGAGACCAUCAUGGAGGAGUGUGGCCAUGGCCGCUUCCAGUGGACGCUCUUUUUUGUCUUGGGUUUGGCCCUGAUGGCCGAUGGGGUGGAGGUGUUUGUGGUGAGUUUUGCCCUGCCCAGUGCAGAGAAGGACAUGUGUUUGUCCAGUUCCAAGAAAGGAAUGCUUGGGAUGAUAGUCUACCUAGGAAUGAUGGCGGGAGCCUUCAUCUUGGGUGGCUUGGCUGACAAGCUGGGAAGGAAGAGAGUUCUCAGCAUGUCUCUGGCCAUCAAUGCCUCCUUUGCCUCCCUCUCCUCCUUCGUGCAGGGAUAUGGAGCCUUCCUCUUCUGCCGACUCAUCUCAGGCAUAGGUAUUGGGGGUGCUCUGCCAAUUGUUUUUGCCUAUUUCUCUGAGUUCCUGUCUCGGGAGAAGCGAGGAGAACACCUCAGUUGGCUGGGCAUCUUCUGGAUGACUGGAGGCAUCUAUGCGUCGGCUAUGGCCUGGAGCAUCAUCCCCCACUACGGCUGGGGCUUCAGCAUGGGGACCAAUUACCACUUCCACAGCUGGAGAGUGUUCGUCAUCAUCUGCGCUCUGCCCUGCACCGCGUCCAUGGUGGCCCUCAAGUUCAUGCCGGAGAGCCCGAGGUUUCUGCUCGAGAUGGGCAAACAUGAUGAGGCCUGGAUGAUUCUCAAGAAAGUCCAUGACACCAACAUGAGGGCCAAGGGGACCCCAGAAAAGGUGUUCACGGUUUCCAACAUCAAAACUCCCAAGCAAAUGGAUGAAUUCAUUGAGAUCCAAAGUGCAACAGGAACUUGGUACCAGCGCUGGCUGGUCAGAUUCAACACCAUUUUCAAGCAGGUGUGGGACAAUGCUCUGUACUGUGUGAUGGGGCCCUACAGAAUGAACACACUGAUUCUGGCCGUGGUCUGGUUUACCAUGGCUUUAAGUUACUACGGACUGACAGUUUGGUUCCCUGAUAUGAUCCGGUAUUAUCAAGAUGAAGAAUACAAGUCUAAAAUGAAGGUAUUUUUGGAUGAGCACGUGUAUGGUGCCACAAUCAACUUCACCAUGGAAAAUCAGAUCCACCAACGUGGGAAACUUGUGAAUGAUAAGUUCACGAGGAUGUACUUUAAACAUGUACUCUUUGAGGACACAUUCUUUGAUGAGUGUUAUUUUGAAGAUGUUACAUCUACUGAUACCUAUUUCAAAAAUUGCACCAUUGAAUCAACCAUCUUUUAUAACACAGACCUCUAUGAGCAUAAGUUCAUCAAUUGUCGGUUUAUCAACUCCACCUUUCUGGAGCAGAAGGAGGGCUGCCACAUGGACUUGGAGCAAGACAAUGACUUCCUGAUUUACCUCGUCAGCUUUCUGGGCAGCCUGUCUGUCUUGCCUGGGAAUAUCAUUUCUGCCCUGCUCAUGGACAGAAUUGGAAGGCUCAAGAUGAUCGGCGGCUCCAUGCUGAUCUCAGCGGUCUGCUGCUUCUUCCUGUUUUUUGGCAACAGUGAGUCUGCGAUGAUCGGCUGGCAGUGCCUGUUCUGUGGGACCAGCAUUGCAGCCUGGAAUGCUCUGGAUGUGAUCACCGUGGAGCUGUAUCCCACCAACCAGAGGGCAACAGCCUUUGGCAUCCUCAAUGGAUUAUGCAAAUUUGGCGCCAUCCUGGGAAACACCAUCUUUGCUUCUUUUGUUGGGAUAACCAAAGUGGUCCCCAUCCUUCUGGCUGCUGCUUCUCUGGUUGGGGGCGGCCUGAUUGCCCUUCGACUGCCAGAGACUCGAGAACAAGUCCUCAUGUGAACAAUCUAUAGGGAAAGGAAGGUUGAAAGAAUCUUGUCCAGGACACGUAAAUGCAUCCACACUUCCUGCCUGUCACUGUCCGGAGGACACCUUGGGUAGCACGGGAGAAGUUGAUUUUGUGACCCCUAGUUUAGGACUCACGUCAGCUGUCAAUGUGUUUGUAACUCAGGUGACUGAUUUGGGGGUGCCCUGAGCCACCCUUAGAAUCACAGAGCUGCGUGUUUGGCUUCAGGUCUUCCCAGCCCAAGGCGGCGGGAGGACCCUUCCAUGAGUGCACACGCUAAGCAGGGAGUGCGCAUUUCCCUAAGUGAAGUGCAAGGACUUAUUUGCAUUUCAAAAGGAAUCUGAGGAUGAGAAACACUCAAGCUCUUCCAUAAAGCUCCUUGGAGCCCAGUGAUUUAACAAAUUGUCUUGGCUAGAAGUUAGAAUCAUUAUGUGAGCAUUGGGCUUGAAGUACAGGAUACAUAUAUUUUUGCAUUUAAGAGUGUCACCUAUCAUAUUUUCCACUUGAAAAUUGGUACAAUAGCAUUGAAAAUACUCUGAUAUAGAAAACCAAAUAUUUGAGCAAUACCUAUACAGAUCUCUCUUUCCCCUAAGUGUCCUAAGCUUUCCAUGAUGAUUAGGUGAUAAAAUUAAGAAUGAUAUUUAUUUCUAUUUUGCUCUAUUCAAUGAAACUUAAUGGGAUAGGUGUUCUGUAAACUAAGUUUGUAUAUAACUUUAUUUGGGUUUAAUUGCCGUGAAUGGUAUCCGCAAAUAUUGCCAGCAUUUUAGCCAUAUUUUGGGAGAACUUGGUGUUUGUGGUCCCAGGAAAUUAGGUCCGAUUGAAUGAAAUGCAAACACAAUUUCUUAUAGCCAUUUAACUUGCUGUCUGGAGGAUGCACUUAACAAACUCAUAUCGUACAGUUCAUUUAAUCCAGGCGCUUUUCUUUGUGUGGGUGGAGUGCGUAGUUACUCUUCUCUCUUACCCAGAUCACUUGAAGCUCACC